CUCCUCGCCGGCUUCCAAGCUCUGUUUCCUGCUUUUUCAGUUUCUUUGGGGAGGGGCGGGUGGGUCUGGAUGAAUUGUCCCGGCGGACCCCGAUGAAACGGACCCGGGGACCGUACUCUUUUUAAAGGGUCCCUGCGGGGCCCGGGUAGGGAAGGGGUUGUCUUUGCCUGGGCGGGGGACUUCCUGAGCCUGCCGGGACCAUGACCUGAACUGUGCCAGCGGGACGUGUCCGAAGCCCAAGAGCCAGCUUACCUGAGCCACCCCCUCCCCAGCCGGCAUGGCAUCUGAAGAAGCCUCCCUUAGGGCCUUGGAAAGUCUGAUGACAGAAUUUUUCCACGACUGUACUACCAAUGAAAGAAAACGUGAGAUAGAGGAGCUUCUUAAUAACUUUGCCCAGCAAAUAGGAGCCUGGAGAUUCUGCCUGUAUUUUCUCUCCAGCACUAGGAAUGACUAUGUAAUGAUGUACAGUUUAACAGUUUUUGAGAAUUUGAUCAAUAAAAUGUGGCUUGGGGUCCCAUCUCAGGAUAAGAUGGAAAUCCGUAGCUGCCUGCCCAAACUCCUUUUGGCUCACCAUAAAACCUUACCUUACUUUAUUCGGAACAAACUCUGUAAAGUUAUUGUUGAUAUUGGACGUCAAGAUUGGCCCAUGUUCUACCAUGACUUUUUUACUAACAUUUUACAGUUGAUCCAGUCCCCUGUGACAACUCCCCUUGGGCUGAUCAUGUUGAAGACAACUUCGGAAGAGGUAAAAAACCGUGAGGACCUCAGUGUGGCUCGGAAGGAGGAGUUGCGAAAGCUAUUACUGGACCAGGUGCAGACAGUGCUCGGGCUACUGACAGGUAUCUUGGAGACUGUCUGGGACAAACACAGUGUUACUGCUGCCACUCCACCACCAUCCCCAACCUCUGGAGAAAGUGGUGACUUACUGAGUAACCUGUUGCAGAGUCCUAGCUCAGCCAAACUGUUAAAUCAGCCAAUCCCUGUCCUUGAUGCGGAGAGUGAGUAUAUCUGUUCCCUGGCCUUGGAAUGCCUGGCCCAUCUCUUCAGUUGGAUUCCUCUGUCUGCCAGCAUCACCCCGUCCCUCCUUACCACCAUCUUCCAUUUUGCACGCUUUGGUUGUGACAUCCGGGCCAGAAAGAUGGCAUCAGUUAACGGCAGCAGCCAGAACUGUGUCUUGACUCAGGAGCGCGGCCGGCUUGGGGUCCUGGCCAUGUCCUGCAUCAAUGAACUCAUGUCUAAGAACUGUGUGCCUAUGGAAUUUGAGGAGUAUUUACUGCGUAUGUUCCAGCAGACUUUCUACCUCCUGCAGAAAAUCACCAAGGAUAACAAUGCCCACACAGUGAAGAGCAGGCUAGAAGAGCUUGAUGAGAGCUACAUUGAGAAGUUCACUGACUUUCUGCGGCUCUUUGUGAGUGUUCACCUAAGAAGAAUUGAGUCCUACUCCCAGUUCCCUGUGGUGGAGUUUUUGACGCUUUUGUUCAAGUACACAUUUCAUCAGCCUACUCAUGAAGGUUACUUCUCUUGUUUGGAUAUCUGGACGCUCUUUUUGGACUAUCUGACAAGUAAGAUUAAAAGUCGUCUCGGAGACAAGGAAGCAGUUCUCAACAGGUACGAAGAUGCCCUGGUCCUCUUGCUCACAGAGGUGUUGAAUCGAAUCCAGUUCAGAUACAACCAGGCCCAACUGGAAGAGUUAGAUGAUGAGACUCUGGAUGACGAUCAGCAGACAGAGUGGCAGCGGUACUUACGUCAGAGCUUGGAGGUAGUGGCCAAAGUGAUGGAGCUCCUUCCCACACAUGCCUUCUCAACACUGUUUCCAGUUCUUCAGGACAAUUUAGAAGUUUAUUUGGGAUUACAGCAAUUUAUAGUUACUUCAGGGUCAGGACACAGGUUGAACAUCACAGCGGAGAACGACUGCCGACGGUUGCACUGUUCCCUGAGAGACUUGAGCUCCCUGCUGCAGGCCGUGGGCCGGUUAGCUGAGUACUUUAUCGGGGAUGUGUUUGCUGUGCGGUUCAGUGAUGCCCUCACGGUCGUGGAGAGGUUGGUCAAAGUCACUCUGUAUGGAUCUCAGAUAAAAUUGUACAAUAUUGAAACUGCUGUGCCAUCAGUAUUGAAACCUGACCUCAUUGAUGUGCAUGCUCAGUCCCUGGCGGCUCUGCAGGCUUACUCUCACUGGCUGGCGCAGUACUGCAGUGAAGCGCACCGGCAGAACACACAGCAGUUUGUGACGCUCAUCUCUACUGCCAUGGAUGCGAUUACACCUCUCAUCAGCACCAAGGUCCAAGACAAGUUGCUGCUAUCUGCAUGCCACUUACUGGUCUCCCUGGCCACCACUGUGCGGCCUGUCUUUUUGAUCAGCAUCCCUGCAGUGCAGAAAGUUUUCAACAGAAUCACCGAUGCCUCUGCUCAGAGACUUGUUGAUAAGGCUCAGGUGUUGGUGUGCCGAGCCCUCUCUAACAUCUUGCUGCUUCCAUGGCCAAACCUUCCUGAGAAUGAGCAGCAGUGGCCUGUGCGCUCCAUCAACCAUGCCAGUCUCAUCUCUGCACUCUCCCGGGACUAUCGCAACCUGAAGCCCAAUGCCGUCACCCCACAGAGAAAGAUGCCAUUGGAUGACACCAAAGUGAUUAUCCACCAGACACUUAGUGUCUUAGAAGAUAUCGUGGAGAAUAUCUCUGGGGAAUCUACCAAGUCCCGACAGAUCUGUUACCAGUCGCUGCAGGAAUCUGUUCAGGUCUCCCUGGCCCUCUUUCCAGCUUUCAUCCAUCAGUCAGAUGUGACUGAUGAGAUGCUGAGCUUCUUCCUUACUCUGUUUCGAGGCCUUAGAGUACAGAUGGGUGUGCCUUUCACUGAACAGAUCAUACAGACGUUCCUCAAUAUGUUUACCAGAGAACAGUUGGCCGAGAGCAUCCUCCAUGAAGGCAGCACUGGUUGCCGAGUGGUGGAGAAGUUCCUGAAAAUCCUACAGGUGGUAGUCCAGGAGCCUGGGCAGGUGUUCAAACCUUUCCUCCCCAGCAUCAUCGCCUUGUGCAUGGAGCAGGUGUACCCCAUCAUUGCUGAGCGUCCGUCCCCUGACGUGAAGGCCGAGUUGUUUGAGCUCCUUUUCCGGACACUUCACCACAACUGGAGGUACUUCUUCAAGUCCACUGUCUUGGCCAGCGUCCAGAGGGGGAUUGCCGAGGAGCAAAUGGAGAAUGAGCCCCAGUUUAGUGCCAUCAUGCAGGCUUUUGGACAGUCUUUUCUCCAGCCUGACAUCCACCUUUUUAAACAAAACCUCUUCUACUUGGAGACUCUCAACACCAAGCAGAAGCUAUACCACAAGAAGAUCUUCCGGACUACCAUGCUGUUCCAGUUUGUGAACGUCCUGCUGCAGGUCCUGGUUCACAAGUCCCAUGACCUUCUGCAGGAGGAGAUCGGCAUUGCUGUUUACAACAUGGCCUCUGUUGACUUCGAUGGCUUCUUUGCAGCCUUCCUCCCAGAGUUUCUGACCAGCUGUGAUGGUGUGGAUGCCAACCAGAAAAACGUGCUGGGGCGGAAUUUCAAGAUGGAUCGGGACCUGCCCUCGUUCACCCAGAAUGUGCACAGGCUGGUCAACGACCUGCGCUACUACAGACUCUGCAACGACAGCCUGCCUCCCGGCACUGUGAAGCUCUAGGCUCAGCCCUGCAUGCCUCCUCGGCCUGCUUCCUGCGCAAGGGACACAGACUUCUGCCGCUGCCACCUGCACCACCUCCACUUCCACCACAGAUGUCUCCCGGAUUCUCACACUCUGAGCUGCACUGCCCAUCUCAGCUCCUGCUCCACUCCCCUCUCUUGCUGCCACCCAGCAGAGCUGGCGAUAGUUCCCAAGGCGUUUGGAGCAGGUAGAGGGUCGUGUGGCCAGGUACCAUGGAGCCAACGGGAAGUCCUGUGGGGUGGUCCCUGAAGAUCAUGUGCAUAUCAGUCACGGGGCAGAAACACCAAGGACAGCUUUUGACAGUGCCACCUUCUCACCAUUCCACCUCCCCCUCCCCAGCCCAGCCAUUCGCGGAGAGACGUGAUAUCGGAACUGUUUGGACACUUUGAUCAAAACCCCCUCACCCCUGCCCCAAUUGCCUUGAAGUCUCUGCUCUUUGUCAGAGAUUUGCAAAGACUUGUGUUUUUGUUCUUGUUUUCUCAUCAUUCCAUUGUGAUACUAAGAAACUAAGAAGCUUAAUGAGAAAAUAAAAUGCUUACAUUGUUGUUAUAUAAAA